AUGAGCAGCCCGCGUAGAAGAAUCGAGACAGAUGUUGAUGAGCAAGAGUUCUACGUUCGAUUUAAAGGCCCUACCGAGACUCCAUUUGAAGGCGGUGUCUGGAAGGUCCACGUGGAGCUUCCUGACCAGUACCCCUAUAAGUCACCGAGUAUCGGAUUUGUGAACCGCAUUUUCCACCCCAACAUCGACGAGCUAUCGGGCUCCGUCUGCCUGGAUGUCAUCAACCAGACCUGGUCGCCCAUGUUCGACAUGAUCAACAUCUUCGAGGUCUUCUUGCCCCAGCUUCUUCGAUACCCGAACCCGACGGACCCCCUGAACGGCGAAGCGGCUGCCUUGAUGAUAAGAGAGCCUAAGAGCUACGACGUUAAAGUCAAGGAGUACGUGCAAAAAUAUGCAAGCAAAGACGCUGCCGACGAAGCCGGUGCCGAGAGCGAAGACGAUGACGACAUGUCGUCUGUUGGCAGUUUCGGUGACGAUGACGAGGAACCCGCCGGCCGACUUGAUGAUGUAUGA